GUCAUUCAUUCUACAACACUACACUAUGCAUACAUAAACAGAUGGGACUAUUGUAGUAUGCUCCAUGCCUUUCUAAAGCAAUAUUUAUCUGCAUGAACAGGUCUGGCUGCAAGAGCAACAGGAACUUCUCAACGAGUUGCAGAACAAAGAGGUGGACAUCUCUGCUGACGGGAGAUUUGACUCCCCUGGGUUCUGUGCCAAGUACCUGACGUACACAGUCCAUGUUGAGCAAAUCAACAAGAUUCUACACUCUGUCCAGGUCCAGCUAAAAGAGUCUGAACAGGCCAUGGCCAGUGUCAACAUGGAGAAGGAGGGCCUCCUCAAGCAGCUGCAACUCUUCAAGGAGAAAGGUAUCAAGAUCCGAUCGUUGGUGACUGACCGUCACCCUGCCACACGAAAGCGCAUGAAGACGCACGAACCCGGGAUUGACCACUUCUUUGACAUAUGGCACAUCUCCAAAAGUGUGAAAAAGAAGCUGACAGCAGCAAGCAAACGGGCUGGAUGCCAAGACCUGCAAAUCUGGAUCCAGACAGCUAAAUACCAUAUCUACUGGUCAGCAAAGGCUGCAGGAGGCGACGAGAAACUGCUCAUCGACAUCUGGCUCAGCAUGCACAACCAUGUCAUCAACAAACACUCUGGGCACGAAGGAACCUAUGGAAGGUACCUCCAUGACUCGCAGGCCUACAACCAAUUUAAGAGCAUCACUGACAACAAACUGCUCCUGAAGGACCUUGCACAGAUGUCUCCACAUGGCCAGACAUAUGGUUUGGAGGCGUUCCACAGCGUCCUGACAGACUUUGCCCCGAAGCCCCAGGCUUUCAGCCCAGAAGGCAUGCUUGCAAAGUAA